UCCCGAUUGAACGACAGCCUCUUCCUCUCUCUAUCUCUCUUUUGUCUGUCUCACACACAUUUCUCUCUAGCUAUUACUAACAAACACCGAAAAAGUUUUCGAUCUUACCGAACACGACAAGUGGCUUCUGAGGACUUGUUUCUUUUGACGCUGUAGAUUUGCAACUUCGGUUUUGUAGAGGGACAUCAUCUGCCACGAUGUUCAGCAAAGUUUUAUUUACUGCCUUGAUUGGCAUCAGCUUAGCUCAGCAGCAGAGUUAUUCUGCGCCGACGAACGAAUUUAACGGUAACGGAGGAACCGGUAACGGCAACGGAAAUGGCAACGGAUACUCGUAUCCCAGUGCCAACGGCUUCACCAACGGCGUCGGAGGAGUUGGAACCGGCUUUAACGGUGGGAACGGAAUUGGAGCCGUCAGCAGCAACGGUUUCGGUUCCGUCAGCAGCAGUGGCAACGGCUUCGGCAGCGCCAACAGCUUCAACGGCAACGGCUUCGGCAGCGCCAACGGUUUCAACGGCAACGGCAACCGCUUCCCCGGCAGCGGAAACGCCUUCGGAAACGGCGGCUUCAACGGCAACGGAGCCGUUGAUCCCAUCAGCGCCUUAGCCGAGGCCAUCGGAGGGGGCGGAAUCCCCGGACAGGACUAUCCCAUCUUGGCCUCCGUUCCAGACACCGGGUUCACCUGCGACGGCCUCGUUCCCGGAUACUACGCCGAUACGAGCGCCGAGUCCAGAUGUCAGGCUUUCCACAUCUGCCAAUUUGACGGGAGACUGGACUCCUUCCUGUGUCCCAACGGCACAAUCUUCAACCAGCAGUACUUCGUGUGCGACUGGUGGUACAACUUCGACUGCUCUACUGCCCAACAGUUCUUCGGACUGAACUCCGAGAUCGGCCGCGUUACCGGAAACGGCAAUGGUAACGGUAACGGCGUAGGCUUCGGCAACGGUAACAGAAACGGCAACGGCGCCAACGGAAACGGCUUCGGCAACGGAAACGGCAAUAACGCCAACGGUAACAGAAAUGGCGCCAACGGAAACGGAUUCGGCAACGGUAACAGAAAUGGCAAUGGUGCCAACGGAAACGGCUUCGGUAACAGAAACGGCAAUGGCGCCAACAGAAACGGCAACGGCGCCAACGGAAACGGUUCCAAUGGCAACGGUUCCAAUAACGGAUAUGACUACUCAGGACCGGCCCCCGCUGCUCCUAAUGGAUUGUACGGCGCACCUUCGAAAUAAAUAAUUUCGCCUUAAUUAAAUGAAAUUUGAAUUUUGACUUCAUGAUUGUCGCUCACGGUUCAACAACGACUUUCUCUCUGUCGCGAGAAGAGGCUGAGACUCGUACUAACAAUAAUUAUUAUUUAAUAAUUUAAAUAUUAUAACGUUAUAGUAUACUAUUAGACCAAGCUUUGUUUUCCUACUUUUGGAUUCCAGUGUUCAUUUUCUUUCUUUUUCUUUUUCAUAAUUUUUUUUUUUUUUUUUAUCCAUGCGCACAGAAACGCCCACAUUUAAAAGCUAUCUGUCCACGUAUGCGCUUGUAUACGAAAUCUUAUAUUCGCUUUAUUGAAUUUUUUCUUCUUUUCGCAUCUUCAAUGGUGUUCCUAAAUCUAUCCUGAACUCUCCUUUCAACAAAUCCUUCAGUGACUCCUUGUAAUGUAUCCUUAAUCCUCCUUUUAUGUAUCCAUUAUGUCCCUUUUUCAUACAGUAGUCCUCUUUCAAGUUACUUUCUUAGGGAAUUUCAAUGCUCCAUUUAAAAUGAUCUUUUCCACCCCUUUUCUAAAUCUCCCUUUCUAGUUAGCCACUAGCCUUCUCCGAGGUGUCCUCAACGUCCCUUCCUAGGAAACUUCAAUGCUCCUUUUAUAAUAAUUUUCAUCACCACUUUCCUAAAUUUCCCACUCUACUUAUCAAGUGGUCUUCUUCGAGGUAUCCUCAGUAUCCCUAUUUAGGUAACUUCAAUGCUCCUUAUGAAAUGAUCUUCACCCCUCUCCUAAAUCUCCCUUUCUUGUUAUAAUUAUGGUCUUCCUAAGGGUAUCCCUCAACAUCCCUUCCACAGUAACUUCAAUGCUCUUUUUAUAAUGAUCAUCACCCCUUAUCCUUUUCUAGCUAGUUAUCCAAUGGUCCUCUUCGAGGAGUCCUUAAUGCCCCUUCCUUGUGAACUUCCAUAAUAAUAAUCUUCAUCACCACUUUCCUAAAUCUCCUUUUCUACUUAUCCAAUGGUCCUCUUGGAGGUAUCCUUAACAUCCCCUCAUAGGUAACUUCAAUGCUCAUUUUAGAGUGAUCUUCAUCACCCCUUUCCUCCUAUCCAAAAUACUCCUUUUAAAGCUAAAUCCAACCUUCCCUACAACGCAUUCCUCAAUGCUCUUUUUCAAGCAAUGCUCCUUAAUAUAUCUCGACACUGGACUAAAAGUGGAAGAUAUAUCAACUAUCUGUCUUUACCUUCGUUACCUUUAGUCAGUUGAUUCCAGAACAGAUCGUCAGGUUACUGACUUUGUAAGCUGACCUUUUUGUAUCCAGCUAUUCAGCACUAUUACAUAUUCCUGUGAGUAUUCACAAGAAUGCACUCAUGUUUACAAGUGUUACUACUUUUGUAAUUUCCCUGUGCCAUAUUUUCCCAUGUUACGUUGAUAUAUUUUUUAUUUGACCUAGCUCUAUCCAUUGUAUUGUGUACAAAUGAAA